GAUAGGACGACCAAGGGUAUAAAAGUGACAGUUUUGCAACGAUUUCUUCACCUUCUGCCGAAGAUCUCCGAGCCUCCACACCGAGUUAUCUCGCAUCUGUUCUUUGCUCUUUGAGGGAAACACUCAAACCCACUAGAAACAAAAUGGCCGACUUCUCUGGAAAAUGGGUUUUCGAUCACGGUGAGAACAUGGAGUUCCUCAUCGAGAAACUGAAGAUCGACCCCGCCAAGAUCCCCUCGGACAAGAGCACGACCGUCGUGAUCGCCCAGAAUGGUGAUACAUUCAACAUCAAAACAACAACAGCAGGAGGAAAGACCCGUGACAUCACCUACUCAAUCGGCCAAUCCUUCAUCGACCCCGACAUCAAGGAACUGAGGGGCAAGGAGAUCGAGGUCACCCCAUCAUGGGAAGGCAGCAAGCUUGUCCUCGCCGGGCCCAAGGGCAACUCAGCCUCCCGCGAGAUCGUCGGAUCUCAGAUGGUCGUAACCUUCAACUGGGAAGGCCAGGCUGGAAAGAGGUUCUUCAACCGGGCUUAGACCAACCAAACAUGAAAUAUUUUGUACAAAAACAAUAAUCAAUAUUAGUAAUUAAUGAAAUAGAUAUAUAUUAUUAUUAUGUCAAUAUACUAACGUCUUUAUAAUGUCUCUGUUCUAAUUUGGAUAGUUUGCUAGGCUGAUUCGUUUAUCUUUUAUUGUUGUUAUUAUCCAAAUAUACUUCACAAACUAAUCUAUCCUGUAAGAUUAAAAUCAUAUUUGACUGGCACUUACAAUUAUUUAAUUCCGAAAGAAUUAUAUUCUGCAUCUAUCACUCCAUUGUUUAAGCAUUUUUAAAGUUCCAAUUGGCAAAAGACUACAUGUUUCAAAGCCAUUGAAAUAUUGGAUUUUGUUCUACCUG